AUGCACGCCGCGCAGAGUAUAGCAAUAGAAUCACGGGCUGGCGAUAUCAGCGCGAGCUGCCUGACUACAUUCCGGCUCAAAUCAAUAGCCGGUUCUAUACGUCUGGACGCUCCUAGUAUAUACAUGCCGAAACUUAAGUCAGCAUUGCCUUUGCCAGCUUCGGCUCCCCAUGCCCAUGACCCUCAUCAUCAGAAUAUUUACCAGCUAUGCGCGUGUGCGAACGGUAAGCUGUUUCUUGCACCGCCACAUGGCGCAUGCGCCGCCAGAGAAGAGAGUCUAAUUUGUCGAUGA